GCUCCGCGCGGGGGCCUGCGCAGCUUCUUUGCUGUUGCCGCCGCCGCUGCUGCUGCUGCCGCGGUUGCUGGGGGUGGAGGAGAGGAGGAGCUGUCUUGGACCCUGUAGAAUCAGGUUCUUGCUGUUUUUGCUCCAUCCCACGUCGCACCGUGACUCCCGUGCUGUCUAGGGGGAGUCUCCGCGGACACUUCGGUAGGCAGUAGAGAUGCCUCUCUUUGCCACCAAUCCCUUUGACCAGGAUGUUGAGAAAGCAACCAGUGAGAUGAAUACUGCUGAGGACUGGGGCCUCAUCUUGGAUAUCUGUGAUAAGGUUGGCCAGUCUCGUACUGGGCCUAAAGAUUGUCUUCGGUCUAUUAUGAGGCGGGUGAACCACAAAGAUCCCCAUGUUGCUAUGCAAGCUUUGACUCUUCUAGGAGCAUGUGUAUCAAACUGUGGCAAAAUUUUUCAUUUAGAAGUAUGUUCAAGAGAUUUUGCUAGUGAAGUAAGCAACGUAUUGAAUAAGGGUCAUCCUAAAGUAUGUGAAAAAUUAAAGGCUCUUAUGGUUGAAUGGACAGAUGAAUUCAAGAAUGACCCACAGCUUAGUCUAAUAUCAGCAAUGAUUAAAAACCUUAAGGAACAAGGAGUUACGUUCCCAGCUAUUGGCUCUCAGGCUGCAGAACAAGCAAAAGCAAGCCCAGCUCUAGUAGCCAAGGAUCCUGGGACUGCAGCAAACAAAAAAGAAGAAGAAGAUUUAGCAAAAGCCAUUGAGUUGUCCCUCAAGGAGCAAAGGCAGCAGUCAACAACUCUUUCCACUUUGUAUCCAAGCACAUCCAAUCUUUUAACUAACCACCAACAUGAAGGCCGAAAAGUUCGCGCUAUAUAUGACUUUGAAGCUGCUGAAGAUAAUGAACUUACAUUUAAAGCUGGGGAAAUUAUAACAGUUCUUGAUGACAGUGAUCCCAACUGGUGGAAAGGGGAAACCCAUCAAGGCAURGGGUUAUUUCCUUCUAAUUUUGUGACUGCAGAUCUCACUGCUGAACCAGAAAUGAUUAAAACAGAAAAGAAGACGGUACAAUUUAGUGAUGAUGUUCAGGUAGAAACAAUAGAACCGGAGCCGGAACCAGCCUUUAUUGAUGAAGAUAAAAUGGACCAGUUGCUACAGAUGUUGCAAAGUACUGACCCCAGUGAUAAUCAACCAGAUCUCCCAGAGCUACUUCAUCUAGAAGCAAUGUGUCACCAGAUGGGACCCCUCAUUGAUGAAAAGCUGGAAGAUAUUGAUAGGAAACAUUCAGAACUCUCAGAACUUAAUGUUAAAGUGAUGGAGGCACUUUCAUUGUAUACUAAAUUAAUGAAUGAAGAUCCCAUGUAUUCCAUGUAUGCAAAAUUACAGAAUCAGCAGUAUUAUAUGCAGUCAUCUGGUGUUUCUGGUUCUCAGGUAUAUCCAGGGCCUCAUCAGAGUGGUGCUUACCUGGUUGCAGGGAAUGCCCAGAUGAGUCAUCUCCAGAGCUACAGUCUUCCUCCAGAGCAACUGUCUUCUCUCAGCCAAGGAGCAGUCCCACCAUCUGCAAACCCGGCCCUAUCUAGUCAGCAGACUCAGGCUUCUUACUCAAAUGCAAUGGUUCAAGGAAAUACAUAUCCCAACCAGGCUUCAAUAUAUAGUCCUCCUCCCACUGCUACUGCUGCAACUGCUGAUGUCACUAUAUACCAGAAUGCAGGAACUAAUAUGUCCCAGAUGCCAAACUACAAUUUAACAUCGUCAACCCUGACUCAGCCGGGAGGCAACCAUCAGCCGCYUCAGCCACAGCAACCAUAUUCUCAGAAGGCUCUGCUAUAGGACCCAGUGUUCCUGUUUGUAGCAGAUAUCUGCUAAAUGCCACUGACAAUGUUAUGAGAUUCGUUAAUUCUUAAGAUUUGUUUAUCCUCAGCUUAUAGGAAUCUAUCUUGGUCAACAAGUUCAAAUAUUCAAGAAGGUAGAACUCUCUUCAAUUUGCAAGGACUUUUUAGAGGGUCACCCCUCCACCAGAGGAAUGAAACUACUUAACAAUAUUUGAUUCCUUUCAUAAUAUGAAGAGUUGACACAAGUUUGUCUUGUAAAAUUACCUGGUCUGCAAAAUGUCAAACUUAACAAAAACUGUCGUGGCAAAUGUUAUGUACAUAUAUUGAUAUGUAACUCUAUUAGUGGCCAUUUGAAUCACAAUGGUGAUCAUGUGAAUAUAUUUAACACUGUUAAAUUAAUUUACAUUGCUAUUUUAUUUUAAUCAUGAACAACUACCUUGUUUCCUAAUGUUUUGUGUAAAUUUAAGAUAUUUACACUGUCCUUUUAAACUGCAAGAGAACAAAGUUGUAGCAUAUUUACGUGAAGUCAUUGUUGUCUGUGUUUCAGUUUCACAUUAAACUGAACCUUCCUUUUCCUAAUUGUGAUCUAAACUUGUGUAAUUAUGUCUUUCUGUAGCCUCUGCAUACUACUGGCUGUCAUCACACCAGCGUACAGUAGCUAAAUUUUUGAUGCAGUUAUAGCAAGUGAUGAUGUUCCCUUUUGGACUUUUACUUUUUGGCAUGAUAUUUCAGAUAUGUGGGACCAUGAGACAAAAUUAAGUAGGAUUACAUUCUUUACAUCUUAUUUUUAAAGAAAUAAUGUUGUUUUACUUUUUCCUAGUUGAAGAUAGUAAUUAGGUUUCUAAGCUGUAUACUGUGUAUAUUGGUGGCAGUGACACCAAAGAUAGAGGCAAUGGAUAGAAAUUUUUUAACUGGAAAGAAAACACUACAUUUUCAAAGUCUCUUGUAAUUAUUUAGGAUACAAACAAAGUUUGAUUCACCUGUCUUACCCCACUGCUAGACUUUUAAAUAUGUCUUUAACAUUGUAUCCUUGAAUUCAUCAUUAAAAUGGAUAUAAGUAGCUGUUUCAAAGUAAUUUUAUAUUCCUGGCUUUACUUCACAAUUUAUGUAUUUAUUAUUACCUUUCAGACUAGAGUUUUUAGUUAUUUUCUGUCUUUUAAAGUUCUAAUGAGUAAUUUUGGCUUUAUAUUUGGGAGUAUUUUUUAAUACAUUCAUACAAGGAAUGUUUCCACUGACAUUUUAAUCUUAAAUAUUUAAAACUUCACUGGUUUUACAGUACUAUAAUUUAACAAUAUUAUUUAAAUACCUGUUGAGUACAUUUAAUGAAUUAACAGUUUUCAUACUAUAAGUGCAAAUUGGAUUUGUACUAAAACUAUUGCAAUCAGGUAACUGGUUUGUUUGCUUGUUGACAAAUUUCUCCAUCACUGGCAUAUAAUUUUAAUGAUGAUUAAUUCUACAGGUUCCUAUUGAAAGCAUCAUAUUCAACUUAAAUGUUUCACUCUGGUAGUAUGUUUGAGUUUAGAGUGUGUUGCUCUCAAAUAAUAAUUUUCAGUUUUCAAUUUCAACUUCACACUUUAACUAUUUUUUAUAAGUUACUUUUGAUAAACUUUGUUAAACAGAUAAUCUCUUUCAUUUCAAUUUGAAUAUUAUAUUUAACUGAUAAACUUUUUCCCAAGUCAUUGUAUUUUUCUUUCCUUUGAUGAAUUCCUGUUUAAAACU